AUGUCUACAGCUUCUAAGCAAUCCCACGUUACCGUGUUCCUCAUUUAUCUGGUAUUUGUUUCGACUCUGGGGCCCCUUCAAUUCGGCUUUCAUCUGGCUGAGUUGAAUGCCCCACAAGCUGUCAUUACCUGCGAGAAGAAGAGCAUCACGUCGGUUUCGGCACGACUACCACAAUGUCUUCCGAUGAACGCAUCGCAAUUUGGGCUUGUCUCAUCUAUAUACACUCUUGGGGGCCUGGUUGGGGCUUUGGUAUCCGGGCCGUUAGCCACCCGGUCAGGUCGGCUGUUGGCUUUGAGGGCGACUACUAUUUUCUUCGUUUUGGGCUCGGUCGCUGAGGCAGCGUCUCCGAAUAUCGCUGUCUUGAGUAUUGGGAGAUUUCUCAGUGGUGUCGGAGCCGGAGCAUCGAUUGUGGUCGGCCCAAUCUACGUGUCCGAGAUCGCCCCGCCUUCGUCCAGAGGAUUCUUCGGUGCCUUCACUCAAGUCAUGACCAAUGUAGGAAUCUUGUUGACCCAGUCUCUUGGAUAUUUCUUCAGCAGAGACAAUCUAUGGAGAAUUAUUCUCGCUGUGGGUGCUGGUCUUGGCUUGGCUGAAUUUGUUGGCCUUCUUCUGGUGCCAGAGACUCCGUCUUGGCUGGCCGAACAUAGACACACUGAUAAGGCGCGGCAAGUUCUCCAACGUAUUCGAGGCAAAGAUGCGGACAUUGAAGAAGAAACUCAAAAUUGGAAGGUUGGAUUCCCUGAUGACAACGGAGUUGAUGAGGAGGAGUCUUUGCUGUCACAACAUACACACCAACCUUCGGCUCAACAACCACGAGUCACGAUACUGACCGUGGCCACUAACCCACAGUAUCGGCCUGCUAUUAUUGCAGUUGUCAUUGUCAUGCUUGCACAACAGUUUACUGGUGUCAAUAGUAUUAUCAUGUACAGUGUCUCGCUGCUCCAGACUACACUACCGACCGCAGCUCCGCUAUUAGCUGUCAUUAUCUCUGCUUUGAAUCUUGUCGUCACCCUUGUGUGUUCUCCUUUACCGGACAAGAUCGGUCGCAAGACCUGCCUUCUACUCAGUAUAGGUGGCAUGGGCUCAGCAUCAGUACUGCUGGCCAUUGGUAUUUCCAUCGGUCAGAAGAUAGUAUCCGCACUGGCAAGUCUGCUCUUUGUCGCUAGCUUUGCGGUCGGACUUGGCCCUGUACCCUUCAUCCUUGCCUCUGAACUUGUGGGUUCUGAGGCUGUGGGGGCCAUUCAAAGCUGGGCAUUGUCUGCCAACUGGAUUGCGACGUUUAUUGUCGCCCAAUUUUUCCCCAUUCUCAACGCGGCUCUUGGAAAAGGUCAGAUCUACUGGAUCUUUGCCGUCCUAGCCAGCGUUUUUAGUGUACUCAUUUAUCUCCGGGUUCCCGAGACAAAAGGUAAAUCCACGCCGGACGAGGUCUGGGGUCGGGUUGACGAACGACGGAUAGAUUAG